AUGUGGCGGCUCCCUCCGGCCGCGGCGCUCCUCCGACUCCGACGCUCGCUCGCCGCCACCGCGCGCCUCUCCGCUCCGGGGUAUUUGAUGCUCGUGGAACAGCCCACUGCACGCACUAAUUCACCCAUGACUGUGCGUUGCCUCCAACAGUGUGGUUCAGAUAACACCGAUGAUGAUAGGGUCAGUCAGGCAUUUAAGCGGUGCUGCUCAACCAGUGCUAGUAGUGGUGCUUCAGAUGCAUCACCGUCUGCUGCUCAUGUCAAGAACCUCUGCAGAUCUGGCAAUCUUGUUGAUGCUGUUCGUGUUCUUCGACAACUGCAUGACGAGCAGAUCCAUGUCGGCCUGCACACCUUUAAUAUGUUGCUGCAACACACAGCUGAAGCAAACAGCUUUGCUCUUUUUGCCAAGGUAUUCAGGUACCUUCUGCUUUCAAAACUUGCUCCUGAUUCGACUUCAUAUAUGAAUGUUGCAAAGGCCCUCCAGAAGUUGGAUGACUGUGAAUUGAUACUCAAAUUUGUAAGAGAACUUUUGGAAAUCACACAUCAAAGAGAUCCUACAGUUAUGAAUCGCAUUAUCUUCGCCACAGCUCAAUACGGACACAUUGAUAAAAGUUUGGUCAUUUUUGAAGAGUUGAAGAAAUAUCAGACCAGCUUGGAUGUUGUCACGUUCAACACUGUUUUGGACAUGCUAGGGAAAGCUGGUCGGGUGGACCAAAUGCUUCGUGAGGUGAAGCUAAUGGAAGAACUUGGGCAUUUUCCUGACAUUGUGACAUACAAUACACUAAUAAACUGCCUGCGAAGGCUUGGUAGACUAGAUUUGUGCAAAAGGUUUGCUGGGGAAAUGCUAGAGAGAGGCAUCACUCCAGAUUUGAGAACAUACACUGCACUGAUUGAUAGUUUUGGACGGUCUGGCCAUAUUACUGAUGCCCUGGAAAUGUUUCAGAAGAUGAAAAAGUCGCACCAACCUUCAGUUUAUGUUUACCGUGCAUUGAUCAGCAACUUGAAAAAGGCUGGACAGUUUGAACUAGGACAAAAGCUCACUGAAGAUAUGAAUUCAAGUGCUUCAGAGUUAAUAGGCCCAGAAGAUUUCAAGCCAAAGAAUAAGGGAAGAAGGUUUAGAAAAAAAGGCUAA